CGCCUCUUUAUUUGACAAGUGCUGGGAUUUGGAUAAACAAUUAGUUCCUUAUUGAAAUUCAUAUCGAUUUACACAUGACUUAGACAGGUGUGUAGAUACGCUAUAACUAAUGUGCAGAACUCCCUCUCGCUUGAACAUUAGAAUAAAAACAUUAUUCUAUAAUUCCACAAAUGUAAAGAUAUAAUUAUCAGAAGUCAUAUUUAUUUAUGAUUGUGUUCGAUACAAAACAAAUGCAACGAGCAUUACGUUUUUGCAAGUAUAACUAAAAAAAUACAAAAACACUCACCUGCGAUUUUCAAAAAGUGUACCAUCCUGGAUUUCCACAAACUAAACUUGUCGUCUAACUAAGAAAUUACCCUAUAUUAAAAGUGUAAUAAAUCUUUUGUUAGAUGUAUUGCUACAGCGAAGACUCCACCAUUAAAGCCUGGGGUGAUGUACAAUGAUUCCGAUGCAAUUGGGAUUGGUGCAUGUGAUAGAGGACCAGUCAGAUUUACCAGCAAAAAGAGUGCGACGGGUCUCAAUAAAGUCGUUGAAGUGUCUUUUUAUUCAAGUAACACUGAGGCCCCUGGUAUGCCAGCAACAUGUACAAUAAAUUGGAACGCAACAUAUAAAAAUCCAAAACAUUACGGAAAUGCAGUUGACCAAUCGCCUCUAUCGAGCUGCUUCACUCUUCUGAAUUACAAGGUCAACACACAUGCGCAAAAGAGAAAAUCUCCUAUCGUCUUGUUGAAAUACUUUUGGUUCUUCAUACUUGACUGGGAAUACAGAAAGUGAGCUAACCUUUUAUUUGAACAAAUGCUUACGUACCAUUUAUACAGUUUACAAAAUGAUGUAAAAAUGAAUUUACGAUUUAUGCUAUUGUAAUAAAGAAAUUCCAAGGUCACACAUUUCAAAUUGGAAAGGUUCUAUAUGGAGAUACAUAUUGCAGCAUUUCUCCAAUGAAAACAUAAACAAGUCGAAGCGUCGGGUGAAAGUUCGACCUGUAGGAUCGAUUCAAACCUCUCUUCUGCAGGCCUAAAUAAUGGAAAUGGUAUAAAUCUAAAUUCAAUGUGUC